CUAAAUACUUGGAAACCUAGUUACUCGGAUGAAAUAUUACAAAAUACAUGAAAACAUUGAGUAACGGUUGCUGUCUUUGAUGGGUUGAAAGGAGAGGGGAAAAGGGCGAGAACCGGUCAACAAGAAGUGCCCUCAAGACUCGAUCAGGUUUAGUUAUCUGAUGAAGAUAGCCUCAAGAGAUGAUGUCAAGUACCAGGUACACUUCAAUGUAUUUUAUCACUAUUAUCAUUAUUAUUAUUUAAAUCCAGUUUGAUUCACCAUUAAACAAAAUACAAAGUGUAAGGCCUAAGGCUCGGUUAACUGAGCCACCCGCUACUCCUUUUACGGGCCUGUCUUUGCUCUCUUCCUCUCUCUCUUGUCCCUCUAUUUUCAUCUGUGACUCUUCCUCUCUUACCUUUAAUUUUGAUGGUGAUGGUCAUCAUUUGCUCUUAACCAUUGAUUUGAUUAGCCAUUCUUAAAAGUUGCCUUCAUAUUGGUUUAUCCAUCGUCGUUUACCAAUGUUGCUACUGUGGACACGACUUCAUUACUAGCUUUAGUAACUCAACCAAUUGUCCGGGCUUCAGUCUCCGGACAAUUAUCAAUCAACUACUUAAAAUAUAUUUUUAACAAUUCCAGUUUAAUUUAUUGUUGAAGUCAACGUUUUGUGCCAUCAAAAUGAUUUGGAUUAAUUUAUUUUUAUACUUUACACUUCUGAUUUUGUGUGUCAAUGGCCAUUGGAGUGAUGAUGGUCCAACUGGAAAUGGACUUGGUAAACUUUCAGCUCUUGAUGUAAUCUGUGGUAAAGAUCAUAUGACGGUGCGAGCUGAAUUUGCUGGACCAUUUCACGGAAUUGUGGCUUCCAAAGGAACUUAUGGACAAGAUAAUUGUGUCUACAUCAAACCCUAUUCAGGAGUAACUCAUGCCACGUUCAAAGUUUAUUACGACCAAUGUGGAACCAAGCCUGAUCUUCAAGGCAGAUAUUAUGAGAAUACAGUUGUUAUUCAAUAUGGAACCGAUAUUAUUGAAGCUUGGGAUGAAGCGAAGAGACUUCGCUGUGAAUGGUUUGAAGCUUAUGAGAAACCAGCCACCUUUCGUCCAGCCAUUCCUGUUGCUGAUCUUGAUGUGGUUGAAAUGAACUUCCAAGGCGAUGACAUCGAUUGUUGGAUGGAGAUUCAAGAAGGAAAAGGACCAUGGGGACGUGAAGUUUCACGAAUUGUUCCUGUUGGACAACCCAUGACCAUUGUGAUUGCUAUCAAUGAUUAUGGAGGGGAAUUUGACAUGAGAGUUAAAUCAUGCUUUGCUCAUGAUGGCAUUAAACCUCCAAUACACCUGACAGAUGAACAUGGCUGUGUUUUAAGACCUAAAAUGUUGACCAAAUUUGAGAAAGUAAAAGAUCCAAAUGGCAAAGCAACUGUCAUUUCUUAUUCACAUUUCUAUGCGUUCAAAUUUCCAGACUCAAUGAAUGUUCAAAUUCAGUGUACUGUUGAAGUUUGUCGCCAUGGUUGUCCAAAUGCCUGUCAAAAAACACCUUACCAGCAUCAACCUGACAGACAAUUUAAACCGCAAGUAUCUUUCUCAUAUGAUCAAAGAUCAGCUCCAUCAAUCUCCAACAAGCCACAUGAGGUAAUCAAGGAGCAACCAGAAGUUCAACAAGACUUGCAAGGAUUAGCAACAAGUGAUGUUUCAUCUCUAUCAUCACCUCCACCGUCACCACCGUCACCACCACCAUUCACAGUUUCACAGACAUCACAGGUUAAACCAGCUUCAUCAUUACCCUCUGAGCCAGGAUUAUCUGUUCAACCAUUUCCAACAAAAACUUUUGACUCGAAACGAUUACCCGUUUAUUCACACCAGGAAGACAAAGUACAAAAUAAUUCAUCUGAAAAUGUUAACAAUCAAAAUGUUGCCUCCAAUGAAAAUGAUUCAGAUGCUGAUGAAGAGCCCAUUGCCGAGGAAGGCGAGCAGAGCUUCAAGACGUCUGACUAUCAACCACAAUCAUCAACCGAUAAUAAAAUGAUCGUUCCACAGACACCUCAUCACCCUCCUCCACCUCCACCUUCAUCUGAUCCUUCAACCUCUUCUUCUUCCCAAGAAGAUGAUAAACCAAUUUUUGUUCCUGAAAAUGAACAAAAAGAAUCAAUUUUAUCAAAAUUUGCCAAUGACAAUCUUGACAAAGCUUCUGAGCUUUUCAAAGAUCUUGGUGUUGCUGAUAUGGCUGAAUUUGCUUCAGGAUUUAUCCACGGAAUCGAUCCCAACAAUAAGCCAAAUAUCGCUUCAUUAUUAGAAAACUCCAAAGUUCGAGACAUGGUCGAAGCAGCGGGUAUUAAUUUGAAGGAAACGAAUCAUUUGUCUCCUCAAGUUCAACCCUUGAUAAGUAAACCAAACCAAGAAAAUAACGAUCAAAAUGACGAUGAAGAGCAAUUGGCUUCUGAAGAAUCAUCUGCUGCCAAUGAACAUUUGACAUCGCCCGUUCCAACUUCAUCUUAUCCUAAUUCAUUAUUAAACAGCAAAGAAGCAGGUCACUUGCAACAGCAAAAUCAACAACAGACUAAUGAACAAUUUAAAGAAGCAACCUCAACAGGAACUCAAAGGCAAGUCAAUCAAAGUGAUCAGGAAGAAGGUCAAUUAUCACAGAUUAAUAAUAAUAUAAAUAAUAACAACAACAACAACAUAAUUUCCAAUCAACAAAGUUCAUCUUUUGGCUCAGUGAAGCCCACCGUUAUCAAAGUGAAUCAAAAUGAUAAUCAAAAUGUGAGGCUUGGUAUGCCUAAACUUGAUCAAAAUGCGAACCCUAAUUUGGAAUCUUCAGAAGGAAUUAAUCUUGCACACAAGAACCUUGAGCCUGAAGCACCAACGGGAUUGAAUGUUGAGAAUCCGGUUGCUCAAGUUGUUCCUUUACAAUUAGGGAUUGGUCCAAUCAAUGGUUUUGUCCCACCUAAAUUCAACAACUUGAUACCUCAGCCUCAGGGACUGCAACAUCCUUUAAUUCAUCACAUUCCGCAAAAACAGAAGCUUCAACUUGUUAAUCGUCAUCACCCUCAUUUUCAACAAAGACCAAUAAUAGUUCCUGAUGGUGUCCAAUUUAGACCACCGCAAAGACCAAUCCAUCCGAAGCAACCAUUGAAUGAACCACCACAACGACCACCGCCAUCUAAUUUACCAAAUAUACCUUUACAUCGAGCUGCAUCACUUUUGGCCAAUUUUGCCGGUUUAUCCAAUCUUAAUUUACCAUUUUUAACAUCAAUACAGAGGAAGGAUAGUCAACGAAAUAGCUUUCCAUCUUCUCCGGUAACAUCAUCGGCAUUUCCACACGGACCUCGAUCAUUUCGGUCCAAGCGAUCAUCGUCUAAAGAACCCAUGGUUAGUGUUAGAAAAGAGUUUCAAGUGGUCACUUCAAUUGAUCUUGAUUUCAACCCUAAUUCAACUGGUUUACCCGAAAUUUAUGAAGGCCGAAGAGAGGAAAUCAUUUAUGGUGUUUGUAUGCCUUUUAAUGGUUUAAUUGUUUCUUUAUUAACCAUCUUAGCUAUCAUUGCAUUUUCACUUAUAUCUUCAUUUAUUUUGAUACGAAGAAUCAAUAAGAUGAGAAAGGAUAAGAUUCAACUUUCAUAGUUUAAAUUAUAGAUUAUAUCUUGUAAAUACAAUAAAAGAUUUCAUUC